AGACCCGCGGAGUUUUAGGCUGAAGCUGCCGGGCGUUUAGAAGCCUCAAACGAUCAGAAUGAUGGCCAGGCAGCAUGGCAUCCGGCCAGCUCAAGGAGCUCUGCAAGAGAACGCAGUACCAGCCAGUGCUUUGCGUGCCAAGGAAGCCGACAAAGAGGCUGGCAAAGAGCUGCGGGAGCAGAGAUCGAGCAUCACAGCUUGUGGAAACUCUAGUUCCUCGAUCUCAGGGCAGAGAUCGAGCAUCACAGCUUGUGGAAACUCUAGUUCCUCGGUCUCAGGGCGCGGGACGCUGGGCCUGGGCUCCCUAGUCCCCCGGAAGCGACCUGCUCCUGAGUUCGAAAUCUUUCACGAUCCAGACACUGCAGCAACGGCUGCGACGCCCCCUAGGAAUAUUAGAUAUCGAAGACAGGUAAGCCCUUCUUCGACAGAUUCACGCGCCACGCCUGCUUCGGUGAGCGAGGGUCGACGCCUCCAAAGAACUGACACCCAGGGCACGAGCAUGAGCGAGUCCAUGGAGAGCAACCAGGAGAACAAGCCGCCAGAAGAUUUGGAGGCUACACCAGAGCGUGAGCCACCCACUCAUCUGGUGCGAUCGCCGGAGCCAUCUGGGCUGCGGACUCCUCUGCGGGAUUUGCAAAUCAACCAUCUCCCUGAGGGAGCGCAGGAGCAAACUCCAGACUCUCCGCCGUCCUCUCAAGAGUCACCAGAGCGUAGCAGCGUUCAGAUGCCUCAGAGUUCGAACCCUGAGAACCUCGCGGAACUGCAAGAGGAACGCAUUGCACGCAAUGAAGGUGGCAGGUAUGACUUCACUUUUUAUGUCGAUCCAGAGAACCGAUGAGAUUGAUUGCUCUGAAGCAGGCGCGCCAGCGCUGGCUUGCCUUCUCACCUUCCCAGCAAUUCAAGAGGUCUUGUCACCUGUGCAACACAUCACAGAUGUGGCGCUUUUUCUCGCCUUUGCGCUACAUGGACAAUGCUGACUGUUAAUCAGGUAUUUCUAGAUACCUCUCCUUGGUAAGGGAGCCUUAGAACUGUGCGUGAGCACAAGUGAGUUUUCUUGUC